UGCUUCACUUUUUUGUAUCUACGUAAUUAAGAUAGAGACCCGUGUAAUCAAGAUAAAGAUCGUUGUUACUACAUACUUCGGUGAAUCUCGAUGCUAUCUUUUACCCUGCACCAAAACAAAAACAACCCGAGAUUGGUAGAAAGAAAAGUUUCGCGAACAUACCGUGUUAUUUGCUUUUCUGAAAACCGGUCGCCCGAUCGUUACUCGUUUUAAAGAAUGACGCUUCGAUGAAGCGAUUAUUCUACCCACCACUGAUCAACCGGCUAGAUUGUUCGCGUUUUUAAAGACGCCUCGAUGCCCUACCUAACCAGACGUACACGAUACGAGCAUCGACUCUGAUAUCGAACCCGUAACACGAACCUGUGACUUUGCUUCAAUCGGGCUGUUGGAUAAUCGAUAAACUCAUUCAGAACUUCUGUUAUCAGGUUGUGAACUUAACAUUAUUAAUUACCGAUACAUUGUGACGUUACAGUGAAGCUCAAUGAGAACAAUUUCCAAUAGAGUAACAUAAUUCUAGGCGAUGACCGUUUUCUAAAAUGACCUCAAGAAAGACUCUUCUGUUACUUCCUCUGCUAUUCGUAAUCGCGACAGCGGAACAACAAGGCAGGAUUGCAUGUUACUUCAGCAACUGGGCCAUUUAUCGACCGGAUGUUGGUAGCUACGGGGUGAACGAUGUUCCGGGUGAUCUAUGUACUCACGUCAUUUACUCAUUCAUCGGUGUAAGCAACGUUACUUGGGAAGUAUUGAUUCUCGAUCCUGAACUGGAUGUUGACAAAGGAAAUUUCCUGGCCUUCAACAACUUGAGAUCCAAAUAUCCUCACCUAAAGACUUCCGUAGCUGUUGGUGGUUGGGGAGAAGGCGGCAGGAAGUAUAGUGCUCUAGUCAGCGUGAAGGAAAGGCGAGACACGUUCAUCAAGAGCGUAGUCGAAUUCAUGCACAAAUAUGAUUUCGACGGUUUCGAUCUGGACUGGGAAUAUCCUGGCGCGGCAGACAGAGGUGGUAAAUUCUCCGAUAAGGAUAAAUUCUUCUACUUUGUCGAAGAACUAAGGCGCGCUUUCGACAAGGAGAAUAAAGGAUGGGAGAUCACGAUGGCGGUUCCGAUGGCGAAAUUUCGUCUAGACGAGGGGUAUCAUGUACCAGAACUUUGCAACAAUUUGGAUGUUAUUCACGUAAUGGCCUAUGACCUUCGUGGUAACUGGGCUGGCUUCGCGGAUGUGCAUAGUCCUCUUUAUCGUCGACCGCACGAUCAGUGGGCUUACGAAAAAUUGAACGUGCACGAUGGUCUUUUACUUUGGGAACAAAAAGGCUGUCCAGCUAAGAAACUGGUCGUUGGAAUUCCGCUGUACGGGCGUACGUUUACCCUCAGCCAAGGUAACCAUAAUUACGAGCCUGGAACCUACAUCAAUAAAGAAGCUGGCGGUGGUGCACCUGGGGAGUACACCCAGGCCAAAGGAUUCCUUUCUUACUACGAAAUUUGCACGAGACUGCAAGCUCCAGGAAGCAACUGGACCCAGAAAUUCGAUGACAUUGGCAAAGUUCCGUACAUGUACAAAGAAACACAAUGGGUGGGUUACGAAAAUGUAGAAAGUGUCAAAUACAAGAUCGACUUUAUCAAAGAAUCACGAUACGCCGGUGCUAUGGUUUGGGCCAUAGAUAUGGACGAUUUCCAAGGACUUUGCGGCGAACGUAAUCCUUUAAUGAAUACUAUUAGCCAAGGAUUGAAGGGAUACGUUGUACAGGACAAAGAAUUCCACACAACUCCUACGCCUGACUGGGCGAAACCACCGAGUACCACUUCGUCAGAUAACAUUCAACCUACCCAAUCUACUACCCAGUCUACUACCCAGUCUACUACCCAGUCUACUACGUACAAACCCACGGAAACCACUACUCGAAAACCGGAAGUAAGUUCGACCACCGAGAAUGCAGACAAGUCAGAACCUACUCAAGAACCUGUAGACGAUAAUGAAGCAGAGAAGACUGUAUGUCAAAGCACUAAUCAAUUUGUCCCUUCUAAAGACUGUCAUUCUUACUUCGAAUGUGUUCACGGAUCACCGAUGAAGUUCACCUGUCCCAACAAUUUAGUUUGGAACACUGUCAACAAUGUUUGCGAUUGGCCACAAAAUGCAGAUAGAAAAGAAUGUAGGUCUAUUGUUGUAAUGGUAAGGCACAAAGAUGUGGAAAAAUGAAACGAUCAUAUAAGUAACGUUUAUUAAAAUGUAUCGUCGUAUAUACGGUCGUUUUUAUUGUGGCACUCAACGUGUUAAAUAAAAAUCGUGUGACGAUACUUUGCUAGAAAACAGACUGAUGUGUAUCACAAACAUAAGUUGUAAAAUACGCGUAUUAAUUGAAAUACAAUAAACAUUAUAUCAUUCGUAA